AUGUCACGGAAUAUCACGUGGAAAUUUAUUGCCGAACACAUUGUUGAAUAUGAAGAAGAAAUUGAUGGAAAAGCAUAUUUUGACAAGGUUAUUUCACUUUGGAAAGAAUAUCCAAAUGCAAUCAGCCAUCGAAUUCAAACAUCUGUGAAAAUUGACGCUGAAUCUGAUAUUGAGAAAGAAGUUAUGGGACAUUUGGGAUAUUCAAUCGAUCCAAAUUGCAAUGAAUUGGAGAUUUAUAAAUUUGUAACAAAAUACCGUGUCAAUCGAUUGAGUCCAUAUUCGAAAUCAGCCUACGAAAUAUCAUUUUAUGAAGAAGAAUUUCUUGUCCGAUUUUUUCCUGUGGUUCUAGAUGGAGAACCUCAUCCACAAUUUCAAAAUCCUUAUUCCUUUGGUUUAAAAAUUAUCAACGACAAAGUUUUAAAUCUUCAACUUUUUCAAUCAUCCGAUGCUCCAGAAGAUAUAUUUUUAAAAGGAGAAGCAUUUGAUCAUAUGGCAAAAUGGCUCAAAAAUGUUGAUAUUUCGAAAACAACUCGAAAAACAAAUGCUUUGAUGGAUAAAGAAAGUUAUCUCGAAACAUAUCAUCGAAUGAGAGAAUUAUAUGGAAAAAGAAUAUGUGAAUCAUGGACUGAAAAUUCGAAUCCAGAAAAAGCAGUUUUUGAAGACUGUGCAAUUGCUUCAUAUAUUAGUGAAUGUGUAUCACAUGAUUUAAUACCAAAACCGAGAAAAGCUGUUGAUUUAGGAUGUGGAAAUGGUUUAUUAGUUCAUUUAUUGAAUAAAAUCAAUAUUUCAACUUAUGGAGUUGAUGUUAGACAUCGAAAAAUCUGGAAAAAUCAAUUCAAAGAUGACGAUUUACGCGAAUCAGUUGUUGAUCCACAAUUAGUUUUAUCAAAUCAACCACAUUAUGAUAAUGAUGUCGAUUUUUUGAUUGGAAAUCACAGUGAUGAAUUAACUCCAUGGAUUCCAGUUAUGGCUGCAAAGUAAGCAAUAAACUACAUUUUAAAAAUGUAUUUUCAACUUUUUUCAGAGUUAAAGCAAAUUUCUUCUUGAUUCCAUGUUGCCCUUUCAAUUUUUCGGGAAAAUACUGUAAUAAUGGAAGUCAUUUGGGAGUAAAAAGAAUGACAAGUCAAUAUGAAUCAUUUUUUGAAUGGACUGUUAUUAUUGCACAAAGACUUGGUUUUGAUGUGAAAAUUGAUCGAUUAGCAAUUCCGAGUACAAAACGAGUAAGUUUUCAUGUUAAAAAUUGAUGUGCAAAUUUGAAAUUGAUAUUUUUGCAGCUUUGUAUCAUUGGACGAAUUCCUGAUCAUGGACUUGAACCAGAAGUUGAAAAAAUUAUAGAAUUGUUAACUGAGGGAUCGAAAUUUGUUGCGCGACCACAUGAAAUCAAAGUGAAUAAUUGUAGAAAUAUUCCAAUUGAAGAACGAGAUCGAAUAAGUAAAUAUAUCUUCAAUCACUUAUUGAACUUGGACAAGGAAAAACCCUCAGAAGAGUUAGUUUCAACAUCAAAAAGUAAAUAGAUUAGAAUUUGAUUUUUUCAGUGCGUGGAAUACUGGAGGAGUGAUUGGAUUGGGUGAACUUGCUGGAAUUUUGAGUGAAGAUGAUAAGAAAUUGAUGAAGUCUCAAGAUGGUGGUUUACAAACUUUUUUGAAAAAUCAACAUCAAGUUUUUCAUGUGAGUUUGAAAAUAUUUAUAGAGGUUCGGAAAUUCUCCCUACUUCUCCAAAACAAUUCUAAUUCAAAAAUAAUCCCUAAUUUUUUCCAAGGUAUUUGGUGGAACUUGUCGAAUACGAGAUCAACGCGUUGCUUUACCCGAGAAGAAAACCGAAAAAUGGCGGAAAAAGUCAAAAGGAAAACCGGCACCAAUUCGAGCUCCUUGUUGGAUGGCAGCAAAUCAUCCAAAUGGUUGUCCUGUUUCUGCCGAAUUAUGUCGUUUUGCUCAUUGA